UACCCUGUUGUUUCUGUUUAUGCCACUUCCUGUUAUCUGAAGUUCUAAGCAUGGCAACUGCAACGACCCCGGUUGGCCAAGAUCAACCGACCAAAGCAGAUCGUCCACCUGUCGUGUUUGAUUUGUCUCAGCCUCCGGUAAUCGAGGGAUUCAGCCCGCUGCCCAGAGCGAGGGAGGAGAAUUUUAAAGACAAAUUCAUCAGAAAGACCAAAGAGAAUCCAUUCGUCCCUAUAGGUUGUUUGGGAACAGCAGGAGCAUUGAUCUACGGCCUCGGCGCCUUCAGACAGGGCAAAACUCGACAGUCGCAGCUGCUGAUGAGAGCCCGUAUCUUCGCUCAAGGCUUCACCGUUGUUGCUAUUAUAGUGGGUGUAGCCGCCACAGCACUGAAGCCCAAGCAGUGAAGAGAAGACAGCAGACCCUGUUUGACCACACUGACAAGCGCCUUAUAUGGUCGAUGGCUGUAAUGUGAUGUGAAUCUGGAAAGAACUGAAUAUCAAAUGCCAAUUGUUAGCAUUUUUAUGUUCUUUAUAUAUAAAGGCCCAGUGUAAGAACUCGUAUAUUAUAGAUCAACUGUUGCCAGAUGGCACUAUUUGCAAACUUUAUCAAUAUGCCACACAUUUAAAGGAAAAAAAUCUGUCAUAAUUUACUCUCUCUCAAGUUGUGCCAAACCUGUAUGAGUUUCUUUCUUCUGUUAAGCACAAGCGAUGAUAUUUUGAAGAAUGCUGGUAACCAAACAGUUGACGAUUGCCAUUGACUUCUAUAGUAUGGAAAAAAUUAGGUCAGUGGCUACCUUCAACUGCUUGGUUACACACAAGCAGUGUGUAACAGAGGAAAGAAACUCAUACAAGUUUGGCACAACUUGAGGGUGAGUAAAUGGUUAUUUUCAUUUAAUUUAAAGAGUCACAAAAUUGUUUGGUUGACAGGCAUAAUACCUGUUUUUCCAUGUUGAUGACCAUUGCUUGAAACUUUGCAUUGCUUUUCUUUUUACAUCAAUUUUCUGUAUGUAUUUAGAUGGACUACAAAAGGUGCUGUGUAUUGUAUGCAAAGAAAAUAUUAACUUAAAUAUCCAAGUGUAAUAAAUGUUAGUCUCAUUUUGAAAAGUCACAAUAAAGAUUGUCUGAAUGCA